AUGAAGAUACGUCUACGCUAUCUCGGUGACCCUGGAUGUCAACAAGGUAUAGGUCAGGAACUUGGUGUUAGUCAAGCAAUGGUAUCUCGGACUGUGGAUAGAGUUGUAAACAGCAUAGUUGCACAGUCGAACGAAUGGAUCAAGUUUCCAACUACCAACCAUAAACUGAUGGAGGCCAAGCGGAUAUGGCAAAGCAUGUAUAAAUUUCCGACAGCAAUUGGUGUCAUUGAUUGUACACAUAUAGUAAUCCUGAAACCAAAUCACCAUGGAGAUGAGUAUAUCAACCGAAAAGGGAAACCUACUUUAAAUGUGCAAGCCACUUGUGAUGCCAGAGAGAUGUUCACAAGUGUUGAUGUCAGUUGGCCUGGAUCAGUGCAUGAUUCCAGAAUAUGGAGAAAUUCACAGAUUAGAUCAUAA